UGCCGCGAGUGAUACGCGCGUUCCCAUUGGUCAAGUUGUAGCGCUAUUAUGCACCUCUCGUAUCCAUACCUAUCAUUACGUACGUUGUAUUACGUGGGGGUCACCGGCAGUCCGAACGUCCGAAGCAGCUAAAUCUGGCGUUGUGGUAAUAACAGAUCAAGAGAAAUUAGGAUACGAGUGUGAGGAUACGAGAAGUGAGGAUACACGAGUUCAGUCCAUUCAGCCACUUGGACUCAUUUCGAUUGGCGUAUUCCAAUUCUUGUGCCAUUUCAUAUAACUGCCAGUUUCAAACUUCCUAUUUUUUUAGUAACGACUUAAUAUUCAAUAUAUUGUUCAAUAUAUUGUCAGAAAUGGAUCGAAAGCGUCCAAGGAAAGACAUCUCAGAUGUAUCAAAACGACAGUUAAACAGAUUGAUUAAAGAUGAAUCAGAACUUAUUUGUAAAUCUGUGUUAAAUAUGACUGUCAUACCAUCACAUAAAAAUAUUAAUGAUCAACGUACAAACAAUAUUGAUAAUAUUUCAGAAGUUAAAUUUGACAUGACAAAUAUUGAAGGUGAUGCAAGAGUAAUUGAAAAUAAUAAUGAAUAGGACCAGAGGAACGAUAUGUUAAUAAAUUAUGAAAAUUUUAGUUCAAACAAAUAUCAAAACAAGCACAAUUUAAAUUCUCUACAAUGUAUUGCCACAAUUCCUUGCGAUGAAUCGGAAACUCAUGUGACAUCUGAAUCUGAAAAUACACACUUAGUAAACAGCGAUUUCGAAAAGGGUUUUGCUGUCUGGGCUACGAAAUAUCAAAUUCCACAUAAUGCUCUAAAAGCACUACUCGAAAAAUUAAGACAACAUUCUUGUUUUUCGACAUUAUGUGUAGAUCCACGAUCAUUAUUAAAAACCCCAAGAACGCAAACGAUACGUGUAGUAGAACCAGGAAUAUACCACCAUUUUGGAUUACUAAAUUGUUUAUCAGAUGCAUUGACAUUACAAACAGACAUUGAUUGUGUCAGAAUAUGUAUAAACGUUGAUGGACUACCAUUAUCAAAGUCGUCACAACAGCAAUUUUGGCCUAUAUUAGGCUCAAUUAUUCCCUAUAAUAAUGUAUUUAUGAUCGGACUUUACCAUGGAAAUAAAAAACCAGCAGACGUAAAUAAUUUUUUACAAGAUUUUGUCGAUGAAGCAACAGAAAUAUGUGAGAAUGGUAUUUACAUCAAUAAUCGUCAUAUACAAUGUAGAAUUGAGGCACUGAUAUGUGAUGCGCCAGCCAAAUCAUUUGUUUUGCAUGUAAAGGGACAUUCAGGGUACUCUAGUUGUACUAAGUGCAUUACUGAAGGAGAAUACAUAAAAAACCGGAUAUACUUUCCACAAACGGAUGCACCACUUAGAACAGAUGAAAAUUUUCUGCAGAAAGUUGAUGAUAAUUAUCAUGAUCCAGAUGUGACAUGCAGUUUGUUAAGAAUACCACAUUUUCAACCCGUCACAAAUGUUCCUUUAGAUCCCAUGCACUUACUAUAUUUGGGAAUUAUGCGCAAAUUAAUUAAUUUAUGGCUUAAUGGAGAUUUACAUUAUCGUUUACCACAUAGAGCAGUAAAAGAAAUUUCUACACGGUUAUUGACACAAUUGAAGCCAUCAAUACCUUCAGAAUUUUCUAGAAAACCACGAGGGAUGGACUGCGUAAAAUUAUGGAAAGCCACAGAAUAUCGAUUGAUACUAUUAUAUACGGGACCAUUGGCUUUUAAAUCUAUUUAAAAAAAAAAAUCACGAGAUGAAGUUUCAUCCGAGUUUGAUAUGCAAAUAUUUGAACAUAGCCAGAACAUACCCAACAAAAAUGACAACUUGCCAAUUAGAAGCAUUCAGUACGUGAUAAUUUUCGGCGAUUU